UCUCACUGCGGCCGGGGGCGGUACUGCAGGCGGUACUGCAGGCGGAAGCGCUGCACCUGUUGCUGUGUUGACACUGAGCACACCUGAACACACCUGAGAAACACUGAACACACCUGAGAAACACACCUACACCUACACCUGAGAAACACAAAGAAACACUGAACACACUGAGUCCGGCAGAAUGGACAAACUAAAGAAGGUUCUGAGCGGACAGGACGAAGGACACAGCGACGGGAUCCUGGAGAGAGCCAAUCAGGUGUCGACGCUGGCCUGGGGUACCAGGAUGAAGGGCUUCGCGGUCUGCUUCGUCCUGGGCAUCGUCUGCUCCAUCCUGGGGAGCUGCAUGCUGUGGAUCCCACGCGUCGGUCUCGCUGUGUUCGCUGUCCUCUACAGUGUGGGAAACAUCAGCGCUCUGGCCAGCACCAUGUUCCUGAUUGGUCCGUGUCGGCAGGUGAAGACCAUGUGUGCUAAAGAGAGAGCGUUCGCCACCGUCAUCAUGAUGGUUUGUCUGGUGUUGACGCUUUGUGCUGCAUUCUGGUGGAAGAACAACGGUCUCGCUCUACUUUUCUGCGUCCUUCAGUUUCUGGCCUUUGCCUGGUACGGCCUUUCAUACAUCCCUUUUGCCAGGGACGGUGUCAUCAAGUUAUGUUCCAUGUGCGUCUGAGUGACCUCAAGUCUCGACCAAUCAGGACGCAGGACUACUCGAGGUGUGUAUCCAAUCAGCAGCUGAUCGAAGGCCUUAAACAUUUCAACCUCCAGAACCUGAGACUGUUCAAAUCACUGUUAGCUGUUAGCAUGAAGCCACUGUUAGCAUGAAGCCACUGUUAGCAUGUUGGCAUCUAGCCACUGUUAGCAUGUAGCCACUGUUAGCAUGUAGCCACUGUUGGCAUGUUGGCAUCUUGCCACUGUUAGCAUGUAGCCACUGUUGGCCUUUCACUUGCAGCCAUUUUUAACUGUUAGCAUGAAGCCACUUUUAGCAUGUAGCCACUGUUGGCAUGUUGGCAUGUAGCCACUGUUAGCAUGUAGCCACUGUUAGCAUGUAGCCACUGUUAGCCUUUCGCUUGCAGCCACUUUUAACUGUUAGCAUGUAACCAGUGUUAGCAUGUAGCCACUGUUGGCAUGUUGGCAUGUAGCCACUGUUAGCAUGUAGCCACUGUUAGCA